AUGUCUGUGAAUGGGCCGGACCAAAUCCAGAGGAUUUACAUCAUCCAGGGGGACUCCGCCGAGCUGGCCUGCCCCGCGCCGGACCCGCUGGACGGAGACGAGCAGCUGUCCUGGUUCCACAACCUCCUCGCCAACCGCACCACGCGGACGGUGGUCCGGGUGCCCGUGGCCGGGGGGGCCCCGGUGAUGGGCGAGGGUGUGGGCACCAGGCUGAGGCUGCAGAGGAACCACUCGCUCAGGCUGGACGGGGUCCGGGAGGGAGACGCCGGACGAUACUGGUGCUCCGUGAGGGGCUCGGCCUGGGACUACCAGAACUGGAAGAUGUACGACGUCACCGUGCUGAAAGGCACCCAAAUGACGGUCCACACCGGGGCCGGGGCCCCCUGCUCCAUCUUUAUCUGCUCGGUGGCCUCGGCUCUGCCCCUGGACUCCAUGUCCUGGCAUGAGGGUUCUGGCCGAGUCAAGGGCCGGACUCAGGUCUUCAGCCAGGUCAAUGCCACCCUGCUGUUCCUCUGCCCCCGGGAGGGGCCCGGAGAAGGCCGAUCCAAGAAGCCAAGGAACAUCCGAUGCUCUCUGAAUAAGGACCAGGGGAUCAACUUCACCCUGCCAGCCACUUCUGGAGUUUCCAGUUUCACCCACUGUGACUCUACCAAGGGUUGGGAUUUCACCCGGAUCCUGCUGCUGUUGUGUGUGCUGAGCCAAGUCCUGGCCAUCCUGGUCCUGGGCGUUAUGGUCUGGAAGCGCAGAGACCGGGCGGCCCAGCGGGGAGGCACCUCAACUUCUGAAUUCAAACCCGAGAUUCAGGUCUAUGAAAACAUCCAUUCCUCUAUGGCCUGCCCCUCAGCUGCCAAGGCCAUGUGACCUCUCU